AUGAGUCCCCCAAUCAUCAAUUUCCCAACCCUCCAGCCCGCCAUCGUGUGGAAGGUCAACGUGGGUGCUGGCCACCCUAUUGGGCCCCGUCAGAGCGGUGCAACUCUCAUCCAUUUUGAAACACCCACUGGAACAGUCGAGACCGUUGAAGGGUUCGAGCCCAAGUUCAAAGCCAACGUUGUCUUUGGCGCCGACUGGCUUGAAUUCGACCCAGACCAGAAGCAUGCCCGCAUUAACAUGAAGGCGAUCGCCAGAACCGACGAUGGCAAGGAAAUCAGCUUUGGUUACACUGGCAUCAUUGACACGAACGAGGCCGUGCUCAAGAUCUUCCACCAGCAACCCGACUCUGUUAGUGUGCCAUUCGGAUUCAGCACUGGAGCACAUACCUUCCACAGCGGCGACCCUGAACUCCAGGAGUUGCAGAACUUUACGCUGAUUGGCAACGGUCGGAUGCUGGUCGACGAGCAAACCCGGGGUAUUACGGUCGAGUCUCGUCUUUCGAAGGUGGUUCCGGCUACUGGCUUUGAUUAG